GCGGUGCGCGCACUGUCACGUUGAUGUGGGCACGGGCUUACGUAGGAAAUUCGGCGCGCGAAAGCUGUAGCAGGAAGUGAGACCAGCCGAGGGGAAACGGCGGCCAGUCUGCGAUUUGAAUAUAUCUAACUACUUCCAUAAUCUACAAACAUCUACAUUAAUAUGGCAGACCCGAAGGACCAGGAAGAGCCCGAAACAACUGCAGAUAAUGCAGAGGACUCUAAUCAUGAUCCCCACUUUGAGCCCAUCGUGUCCCUUCCCGAGCAAGAUGUGAAAACAUUAGAAGAGGAUGAGGAGGAACUCUUUAAAAUGCGGGCUAAAUUAUAUCGUUUUGCCUCUGAGAAUGACCCACCAGAGUGGAAGGAGAGGGGAACAGGUGACGUCAAGCUGCUGAAACACAAAGAGAAGGGCACAAUCCGCCUCUUGAUGAGGAGAGACCGCACCUUGAAGAUUUGUGCCAAUCAUCACAUUAUGCCUAGCAUGGAGCUGAAGCCCAACGCCGGCAGUGACAGGGCAUGGGUGUGGAACACACUAGCAGAUUAUGCUGACGAAAGCCCCAAACCUGAACUCCUGGCAAUACGCUUUUUAAAUGCAGAAAAUGCUCAGAAGUUCAAGGGGAAGUUUGACGAGUGCAAGGAGGAGGUCAAAAAAAGUCUUGAUGGAACAGGCAACACUGAUAGCGCAAACAAAGUGGCAGAGAAGCUGGAGGAACUCUCCGUGAAGGACAAGGCAUCAGAAGGAAAAGAGGUCAAAAAGGAGACUGAGGUGAAAGAAGAGAAAAAGGAGGUGAAGGCUGAGGAGAAGAAUUGAGAACCAAGAACUUGCUUUGCUGAUCUUCAAUAUAUCAGUUUUUCCUCUUUUUCUACAAUAGACUCUAAAUGGACUGAAUUUGGACACUUGCAUAUUAGUUUUUUUUUUUUUUUUUAAUUAUCUGUUUUUCUCAAGAUCACAAGUCCUUCAUGCCACUUGGGGGGAGGGGGAUAUACUAGAGAGGGAAUUAUUGGGGGAGGGAAAAAAAUUACAAUCCCCACCCUUUUCUCUCUUUGCAUCCACCAUUGAAUGCUACGCUUUCCAUCCUUGUCAUCUACAGUUCAAUUUUGACAACCUGUGAGAAGAGGAUUGUGAUGGUGAUAAUUCCCACAUUGGGGUACUUUUUGUUUUGUUAUUCUGAAGCAGAGUUGUUUGUAGGGGGAGAGGAUAAUGUAGCCUGCUGGUUAGCAGCACAGGGCCAGGGACCAGGUAUUAUGGAGGUGCACUAUACACAUAAAAACCCAUGAUGCAUCUCAGUGGGCCUUCUUACCCUGUCCACUGUCCAUGCUUCCACUGUUAGAAACCGCAAGUGAGGUGAAGACCUGUCAGUGGAUGCCUUGUAGAAGUAGUUUCUUGGUUCCUUCUUUUGUUAGUUCUGUUGGGAACUGGCUAGAAGAGGAAUCCACUCCAGGCUGUUGAGGGGCAUCAGAUGCGUGCUGCAGAGCGCAGUGUCCACCAAUGGCUGACUGAUAGAGAUCAGAUGCACUUAGCUAAGCUUUUCCUUUUUGUUUUAAUUCUCUGAAAACCAAUAAGUCCAAAGUCAACGGUUCAUCACUUUGGUGCAGCUAUUCUGACUUAAGUUCCUCACCAGGAAAUGGAGUUUGCAUUCUUUAGAUCAUAACAUUCCCAGACUUUAAGCAUGUAGAGUAUAUGUAACAGUGUGCCCUAUCUGAUCUGUGUGCUCACCCCCCUCUCCUUUUCUUUCCACUAAUUGAGUUGGUAACCUUGCCUCUAAAGUGCAUCUAAGUGCCAGUGCAUCUGUAAAUACAUGUAUAUGGAUGAAAUGUUGCUUUUCAUUUGAACUCAAAUGAUUUGAGAUGUUUCCUCCACCUUCGAAUAAAAGCUGUCAAAGCCCA